AUGUCUGAAACUAUAGUUAAAUCUGAGGUCAAAGUACCUGAUAGUUUGAAGAUCUGUACUGUUUGUGCCGCCAAUAAUAACCGUUCUAUGGAGGCACAUAGGCAACUUCGUGACGCUGGGUAUAAUAUCAAUUCGUUUGGAACUGGUAAUAGUGUCAGAUUACCAGGACCUUCGGUAGACAAACCUAACGUUUAUGAAUUUGGUACCCCUUAUGAAGAAAUCCUCAAUGAUUUAAUGAGUCAAAACAAUAGAAAGACAUAUGAGGCAAAUGGUUUACUACAUAUGUUGAACAGAAAUAGACAAGUGAAAACUGCUCCCGAGAAAUGGCAUUUAAAUUCUUACGCUGGUAAGUUUGACUUGGUCAUAACCUGUGAAGAGCGUUGUUUUGAUUCUGUGGUAGAUGAUCUAAUGUAUAGAUUAGGUAAAGGUCAGUCAGAGAACGAAGUGAGUAAAAUAGUCCACGUAAUUAAUAUUGAUAUAAAGGAUGAUAAUGAAAAUGCCAUCAUUGGUGGUAAUGGUAUCGUGGAAUUGGUUAAUAUGAUACAUGAAUUCAGGAGAAAUAACAAAAAGGAAGUUGAUGAUCCGUCAGAGAAUAUUCUUGAAGAUCAGAUGAUGAAAAUCUUAACAGAAUGGCAAAAAAAUCAUUCACACUUACAAACGAUUUACACUGUAGCUUACUAUUGA